AUGGCGAGACGGAACCGCCGUCGCAACGGCGGCGUCAGCGCGCAGCGCGCGCCCAUGAGCCUGCGUCUCCUGACGACGCGCUAUGGCCCCUCAAAAAGGCCGUUGAACCUCAAUGCUUCGUCGCGCCAACACCGUCGUGAGAACUGGGGCGACUGUGUUGCAGGGAACGAGCACCGCGACUUGGACACGCUCGUGAACGCGCUCAAGACCUGGUUCCCCUCCCUGGACAACGCGUUUUCGGACAGCGAGUGGGAAGAUGUAGAGAGUCCGCGCAGUAAGCGUGCGAGCCUUGACCAGAGUUCCAGCAAGGGCAAGGGAAAGGCACGAGUGAGGGAAGAUGACGAUGAGGAGCGGCGUCCCUCCACCUCUUCGCUCCAGUCCGUGCUCGAGGAAGAUGAGAGCGAGACCUCGGGUGUAGAUGCCGAUGUUUCGGCCGAGGGCUCGUCGCACCUCAACUCGACGUCGACCCUCACUUCAUCUAGCCGCGACACCACCUUGCUGGAGCGGUACGCGCGCGGCGCACCGGCGCGGCAGAUGCUGCCGUUCUCGCGCAACGAUCACGGCGGGCGGUCUCCCGGCGCAUCGUACAUCACUCCGCGCUCAUAUCUGACUCUGAGCCUCAGCGAGGAGAGCUCACGCACAGCUCGACCUAGCUUCAGCACCCACCGCUCGCCUGGCGCGUCGUACGCGACCCCGCGCUCCGCACUCCCGAGCUUCAGCACCGACCAGACUGCGGCACGCCCGAGCUUCAGCUCCCAGCUUACGGAAAGGAUGGAGAAGCCCAGUCCGGAACGUCCUAGCUUUUCGACAGAGCGCUCACUCUCACCCUUACCCUACACGCCCGAGCGCCAUAUGAGUCUUUCAAUGGAGCACUCCAUCGAGUUCACACCCAUUGCGCGGCCCCUGAACCUCUCCCCCUCCAUCUCACGCUCCCUCGCGCCAUCGCCGUACUCCGACUACGCUGACGUGCCGAAUCUCUCGACCCGGCGCUCUCUACACACGGCAGCGAGCUUCAGUACACAGCGCAGUGCAGCAUCGGUGGCCAACGCAAGCAUGGGCCUUGCGCUCCGGUUACAGCAAGUCAGUGCCUUGCCGACACUCACUGCACUGUCAUCGUUCUCGUCCUCUGGGCUCCGGGGGUCUACUACACCAAGCACACUCUCUUCUCCCACCAGUCCCCCCAUCACACCCCCGCGAGGUCGCACGGCCGGCAAUGCCUCACGCCCGUACACGCCUGACACUCCCGGUACGCCCAACACGUCGAGCCGAUGCACACCAGGCGGCACAUCCACGUUCGAGUCCUCGUUCCCGUUUCCCACAGACACGUCGGCCGCCACGCCCUCGUCACUCCUCCCGUCGAUGCCUUCACACAUGGUGCUGAGCCCGUCGCGCAGCCUCAGCAGCUUUGCUACCACCAGCCCGCGACACAGCCUGCCGUCCAAGAUGCUCUUGCAUGACGUCGACACGCAGAGCUUGUCCUAUUCAGGCUCGCUUCUUUCGCUUCCAUCAGUGCCGUCCAUGACGGGAUUGGGCCCGUUCCUGAAUGACCUGGACGUCAUCUCACUCGGUGGAGGCACGCACGAGGGGACGUACGACAGCCACACCGACACCAUCCCAGCGAUCAGAGUGAAGGAGAAUGGUGCCUGGGCGAAGGAAGCCGCUGCACGGAGCGUCAACGGUGUCGGUGUUGCUGGUCAGCGUGACACCUCAACUGCAGCAACCACAACCCAAGCGACUGGAUCUGGCCGAACGCCCAGGACAGACGCUGAGGAGUACGCCAUGCCUGUCUUCCCACGCCUCCCAACGCGCCCUCUCGCCUCGAGUGGCGACGCUGCCGAUAGCGGCGGGCGCAUGGCACGCACUCUGCGCAACAUCCAGAGCCUUAGCUCGCUGCGUCCAACGGCCUCUCUGCAAUCACUACGUGCCAAGUUUGGCAAGCAGCCAAGCGAGAGCGCUUCACGUCCCCGAUCCAAAUCAAAGGGCAAGAACCGUGCGACGCUCCCGACCUAUUACAGCCGCGCUCCACCGUCCACGCCAAGCAAGUACCGUGGUGGCGUGCCGGGCUCGCCGGGGCCGCAACGUUCGGUGCUCCUCCCUAAAGAGCGACCAGGUGCUUCCCGACUCCGAGGCAACGGCAACGGCAACCCCAAGUCACCCAAGCCCAAGACCGAUCUAAGAGGCAAGCUGCCCAAACCGUCCGCACGCCUGCGCCUCCGCCGGCCAAAGUCUCAUUUGCUCCGCCAUGAGGCCACGACGACGGAGGUGGAAGAGAGCGAGCGGCGGCUGCUUGAACACCUCGAGCUGCAUGGGCAGCGCCGCGAAGGUCGGCUCAAGGCGUUGCGACUGAGGGGACUGUUGUGA